GUCCCCAUUGUUCCAGGCCAUGCCUGUAGCCUCUCAAGGUUGAGACAGAGAUUUGUAAGUCCCUGUGGGAUUUUUUUGUCAUCGGAUACCUCUGUGACUCAGCAUUCUAGUGCUCAGCAGACAUGUGUGACUUCAUAAUCUCCAAGAACUUACAGAAAUAGGUGUUUGUCUGAAACUUAAGAUUAUUUCACUCUAGGAUCUUCAGCUGAACCUGUGAUCCUGAGCUGUGAGGUUCUUGGGCAAGCUUAAGAACAACAUAUUUACAUAUACAUCUAGGAAUACAAAAGAGGGUUGUUGUCUUAAGCCACGUGUAGCAGCACAGACCGUUAAUCCCACCACUUGGGAGACAGAGGCAAGUAGCUCUCUCUCUUGAGUUUGAAGUCAGCCUGGUCUACAUAGAGAAUUUCAGGGCAACCAGGCCUAUAUUGACUGUCUCAAAAACAACAAAAGACGUUAUUUUUAACUAUAUAUGUGUGUCUGUGUAUGGGUAUGUGCACAUAAAUGCAGGUGCCCAGCAAGUCUAGAAGAGGGUGUUGAGUCCACUGGAGCUGAAGUUAACAAGUGGUUGUGAGCCACCCAGUGUGAGCACUGGGAACCAAACAUGAGUCCUCUGCCCUUAGCUACUGAACUAUCUUUCCAGCCUCCAGAAAAGAGAUUUUUAAAAGUUAUAUCUUACUGAGAUAGUGAUACUGCUAUGUCUUUGAUAAUUUUUAAAAAGGAAAUGUGAGUGGGGGUUGUCUCAUUAAAUAUUUUUCAUUUUUCAGACAGGGUCUUGCUGUGUUGCCUACUCUGAUCUUGAACUGGUCUCAAGUGAUCCUUCUUCAGCCUGUAGGGUGGCUGAGACUACCUUGGUUUUUAUAAAGAUAAGAGCUAGCAGCCCCUUAUCACACACUCUGUCUUGUUUGGUUGGUUUGGGGGUGUUUUGUUUUGUUUGUUUUGUUUGAGACAGGGUUUUUCUGUAUAGCCUUGACUGUCUCGGAACUCACUCUGUAGACCAGGCUGGCCUUGAACUCACAGAGAUCCUCCUGCCUCUGCCUCCUUAGUGCUGGGAUCAGAGGUGUGCGCCACCACAGCCCGGCUCACACUCUAUCUUUUAAUAUGUGUUAAUAUCUUAUGAUAUUAAAGAUUAUAUCUUUUAAUAUGUUUUGUACAGCUUUUGGGUUGGCAGUCGUGGUGAAGGAGGCUAGCUGAGAGCCAGCGCGCAGUGGCAGUAGGGGCAGGGAGCGGCGACGGGCCCUGCCAGCUGGGAGCCUCUAGGAGGGACGACACUGGCCUAGGCAGGGCCCCCCUGGGUGGUGCCUACAGAUUUAAGCCUCUUCAGAGUCUGGAGAAAAUGGCAGAGACAGCAGCAGAGCCUUCUGGGCAGCUUGUUCACUCAGACACUCACAGUCACACCGUCCUGGCUAGCCUUGAGGACCAGAGAGAGAGAGGCUUUCUCUGUGGUAUUACUGUAAUUGUGGAGAACGUGCAUUUCUGCGUCCACAAAGCUUUUCUUGCUGCCAGCAGCGAAUAUUUCUCAAUGAUGUUUGUGGAAGUGGGCGAGAUUGGCCAGUCUAUUUAUAUGUUGGAAGGCAUGGUUGCAGACACCUUUGGUAUUCUGCUGGAAUUUAUCUAUACAGGCUAUCUACAGGCCAGUAAGAAAACUACAGAACAGAUCCUGCCUACUGCUCAAUUCUUAAAAGUCUGUGAUCUGAUAAAGGCUUACACAGACUUCCAGACUAACCAUAGCUCUCCAAAGCCGCUGGCUCUGAACGGCACUGGUACUCCAGUGGUUGUUAUUUCUAGUAAGAAGAAUGAUUCUCUAAAACGGAAGCAGGGAAGACCAAGAAAAGGCAAUAGUGUGCGAGAGGGGAAAUCAGAACUCGCUUCAGAGGAAGACAUGCAGCUGAGAGUGAACAAUUCAGUUCAGAAUAGACAAAACUUGGUGGUUAAAGAAGGAGACGGUGUGGAGCUGAAUUCAGGCACAGAUCCCAAAGGAAAAGGCAUCUGAAUCCGCUGGUGAGCCAGGUAGCGUGGAAAAGGCAUCUGAAUCCGCUGGUGAGCCAGGUAGAGUGGAGGAGAUGCUCGCUGAGGAUGAGAACUGUGACCCCAAGGCUUAGGAUGGACAGGAUAGCCUGAGUAGGUACAGCAAGUGGAGGAUUCAGAGAUCUGUCAAAUUUAAAGAUUACAAACUCAGUGGAGAUGAAGACAACCAGUGUUCAGCCCAGAGGAUAUGAGGGGAAAAAAGCUGUUCAGCCCAGAGGAUAUGAGGGGAAAAAAGUGCGCCAGCAGUCCUGAGGCCUGGUGUAAAGACUGUGGCAAAGUCUUUAAGUAUAAUCACUUUUUAGCAAUCCACCAAAGAUGCCACACUUAGAGCAACCUGUUGAGAAAUUUGGAGUUGUGGUCAUGACAGUAUUUAUUUAUUGUUCAAUUUCUAUAUGAUAGGCAUUAUAAUAAAGUCUUCUUACAUGCCAUUUUAUAUAGGUCUCUUAGUAAUCCCACAGUAGGUAAUAUCUCGUGUACAGAUCCAGUCUUACUUCGAGCAGACUCACCCAUGCCAUGAUAACCCAGCCAACCUGAUUCAGAACCCUUGGUUUUUGUUUGUUUUUUUCUUAUCAAGUUAUUAAGCACCUCCUGCCUUUUGAUUUGUGAAUGUUCCUCAUCUUGGCAGAAACAUUCUCUUGCCCUGUUCUACAGAUGUCUUUAUAGUUUAGCCAUCUUGUAAAUAUUCCUCCUUUUGGAUAUCUCUGACUCAGCGUUGGUAUUUGUCCACCUUGUUACUGAAAUGUCCUUUGUCCUCUCAUAUGGCCAAUAUGGCAGCCACUAGCAACACAGGGACCUUUUUUCCUCUUAUACAGUACUGAGGAUGGAACCCAGGGUUUAGGUGCAUGCCAGCCAAGCAUUGUACAGCCGAGCUCUAUCCCAGCCCUACAUAAAUUUUAUCACUUGAGUUUUAGAUAGCUAGACUGAGAAACUGAAUUUUAAUUUUGUUGUUUGAAUAACCACAUAUGUCUGAUGACUACCAUAUUGGACAAUGUAUCUAGCAGAAAUUCUCGAGUUCUUUCUUGAGCUGUUUGAUUUCAGGUCAGGUUGUAAUUGUCACUUGUAAGCUUAUGUAUAGGGGCUAGUGUUUUAAAUUUUGCUUUCACAUGACUUAGUGGCACCUGCUGCUGUGUUUCUGAGCCUGCGCGUUAGAACCACCCAGAGCUUCUGCAACCCCCUGUGCUCCUCCACACUCAGGCUUCUGGUUGAUUUGUCUGGAUUGGCCAUGUUUGAAGUUUCCCAGAGAUGGAGCUCUGUCGAUAGAGUGCAUGUACAAAGCCCUGGCGUUACUCCCCAACACCACAGAAACGGGGCAAGGUUGCAUGUUCUGUGAUCCCAGCACUCCACAAGUAGAGACAGUAGGAUCUAAAUUUCAGGGUCAUCCUUGGCUGCAAGGCAAGCCAGUGAUACAUGAGGUGCCUCUCAAAAAAGAAAGCCCCUCAGAAAUUAUGUAUAUUGAAAACUUGACUUAGGGUACUUUGGACAGAACAGAAUCCCAACUAUGUGUUGAACUGUGGUGGAUUCUAUUUUAUUUUUUUCUAAUGGGCUCUGUAACUAAUAGAUUCUAAUACUAGAUUGUAUUGUAGCUAUUUUUAUCCAAGUUGUGCAUACUUUAAAGCAUUACAUUGUUCAGUGAAACUUAAGGAGAAAAAAAUAUAUGUUGUGCAAAAGAAAAAGGUUCUGUUUGUUCAACAGAAGUAGGCUUUUUGUUUUGAGUUUACUUAAACUCCUUUAAUUAUUCUCAAAGCUGACAGACUUAAGUCCAGAAUCAAAUCCCUGACUUCUCUGGUCUAUGAGUCAUCUUAGGGUAGUAGAGUAAAGGGGUCUAGUGACAGGAGUGAGCAUGGGCAUGUGAGUGGACUCAGUGCAGGCAGCAAGAACCCUUUGAGUUGUCCUGAAAUCCCCUUUCCACCCUGGCCUGAUCUCUGCUAAGAGCAACAUUCCUCUUUCCUGUGAUGGAUAAAAAUGGUACCUCUAAGGCUUUAUCCAUGUUCCCUGCUAAUACCAUUCCUAUGAGAAGCAGAGAAGAAAACUGUGUUUGUGAAAGUCUGUUGGGUGUCAUGACUUUAGCAUUUCAAUCUUCCCUUCCAUCCAGGAGACCAAGGCUCUGAGUUAAGUGAAUCCUUCUAGUGAGUAACAGGACAUGGGAUUUAAACUCAAGUUUGCCAGACUCUAUAGUUCACAUAAGGAAAAGUAACAAUGGAAAACACAUGUCUAAAAAUAGCUCUAAAUGUACCAAACAUAUCAUUAAUAACAGGUGACAGAUGAGAAAAGGCAUAGGAAAUAAUCCUAAUAAGAGAAAAUGUCUCUGCUUUCAGAAGGUCAAAGCUCAGGUCAUAAUCGAUAUUUAUCU